AUGUCUUUGGGCACAAUCUACACCAAAAUUGCCGCGGGGGAGGCCACACGUACACGCGCGCUUCUCCCCGAACGUCUGAUCAAGUACUUUAAGAUCAAUGUGAAGGUAUCUGAUCCGGACGAGGUGUUCCCCGCAAAGUUCCCUAUGAAGCUUGUUCCUGCCUUCCAGUUUCCUGACGGAACGCUGUUGUCCGAGUCGCUGCCAAUUAACUUGUUUUUGCUCCAGCAGGUCGAAAACCACGGCGGGCUACUUGGCGACAACAGCCAGAAGGCGUGGGCUCAGAAUUUGCAGUGGAUGGAGUUCAUCAACAACGAUUUUAUGCGUCCGUCGGGCCAGGUGUUUGGCAUGAUUGUUGGCCGCAAGCCGUUCAACCAGGACGUUUUCAAUUUCUUUAUGAACGAGCUUCGCAAUGUUGCGGUGCCCGUAAUCGAGAAGCACCUGGACGAAUCCGAGUAUCUGACGGGUUCUGCCGUCUCAAUUGCCGACCUCUAUGCUGCCACGAUGUUCCUUCGACCCCUGGGUUAUUUCAUGGACGAGGAAUGGCGCAGCCAAUUGCCCCGCACUAUGGAAUGGUGGGAGAAGGUCUCCAAGCACCCCGUUUUCGACAACUUCUUUGCUGACCUACAGAUGGUUGACAAGUUCACUCCUCCUAACUAG